AGCGGGCUGCAGCACAUCAUGUUUUUUGUUUGGUUUUUUUUGGCUCAGCUCGUCCUUCCCAGGAAAACCCGUUGCCAGAAAGCCCUCAACGUCUUGCUGAAGGUCAACCGAAUCCGGUGACUCCAUUCAGCAUCAAUGGGUCUGUCGACAGUCUCUCGGAAGCUUUCGAGAGCAACGGAGGAUGUGUCAGAUACUCCUCCGGAAAUCCAAGACAAUGGCAACGAUCGGCCGCCCAACCCUGACCGUAAGCAAGCGUCUAUGGACGAAGUCUCAUCCAGCGAUGAGGAGCAUAUCAGGAAAGUUAGCGAUACGGAUGCGAUAGAGCAGGAAAGUGAAGAGGAUCCGGAGAUUACAGCGCUGCCUAAGGAGGUUCGACAGCUGGUCAGUCUCACCGAUGAUCCGACCUUGCCCACGAUUACCUUCCGAUAUUUCAUUCUUGCGAUCAUCUUUAUCGUUCCCGGUGCAUUCCUGUCCCAGAUGAGCCACUUUCGUACAACCCAAGCACCGUAUUCGAUUUUCUUCGUCCAGAUUGCUACCCAUUACGUGGGACACUUCUUUGCGCGAGUGUUUCCAGCCUGGGAGGUUCGGUUGCCAUUCACAAAAUGGUCGUUCAACCUGAAUCCAGGGCCGUGGAGCCCCAAAGAACAUGUGCUGGUCACCUUGACCGCGGCAUCUGGUGCAACAUAUAAUUUGGGCUAUACUCCGAUUGCACUGGCGGAGCUCUUCUAUGGCGAAAAGCUCAAUCCGGCUGUGGCAAUCUUCUUCAUGUUUGCGAUCAAUUGGAUUGGGUACGCAUUUGCAGCCAUCGCGCGCCAGCUUCUACUGUAUGACCCUACAUACAUCUGGCCGCAAGCUCUCAUGCAGACCACCCUCUUCGAGACAUUCCGAAAGCAAGACGUUUCGUCUCCCCUUGCCCGGCGGCAGCUCAAGAUCUUCUUCCUUUCUCUGGUGGGAAUGACCUUAUGGCAAUUUCUCCCCGAGUACGUGUUUCCUUUCACGUCCUCGCUGGCGUUUCUUUGCUGGGUGGCCCCCCAUAACCCAGUAGCCAACUUUGUUGGCUCCGGUCUCGGGGGAAUGGGCUUUCUCAAUUUAUCGCUCGAUUGGUCGAACAUCAACUGGAAUGGCUCGUCCAUUCUGCUUACACCCUGGUGGACACAGGUCAUUUUGUUCUUGGCCUUUGUCGUCAACUGUUGGAUCCUCAUCCCAGCCGCCAAGUGGGGAAACAUGGGAUCAUACAAGCACGGCCUGAUGUCAAAAUCUCUCUUCAUGGCCAAUGGCACCAAGUACCCGGUCCUAGACGUGUUGACCACGGACUUUCGCUUAAACCAAACCGCCUACGAAGAGCAUGGCCUCAUGUACAUGGGUCUACAGAAUGCCUGGGCCACAUUCUUUGACUAUGCCAAGGUAACAGCGGCGGUUACCUGGAUUGCUACAUUCGGUUUCUAUCAGCUCAAAUCGAACCUAACCAAGGCCAUUGCAUCACGAAAGAAGUCGGAAAGGUCCAAAGGCCAAAAUAUCAACUACCAAUACCAUGAUCGGCUCAAUGUGCUCCAGCGGAAUUACAAGGAAGUACCUCUUUGGUGGUACGUGGUUCUCUUCAUGGCUGGGUUUGUCAUUCUCCUGGUGGCCACUGCUUGCGGAUACCUCUGGAUUCCAGUCUGGACGUUGUUUGUUGGUCUGGCCACGGCCGGUGCUUUUGUCCUCCCCUUUGGUUGGCUGUACGCGAUCUCCAACUACCAGCUCGCGGUAGGGACGUUCAAUGAGAUGCUGUACGGAUACAUGGUCCACACGAAAGCAGGCGAGUCCCAUCGCCACCCCUGCGGGCCUUCCACGUACGGAGCAAUCGCUGGCGACGCUUGGUAUCGAGCUCAGUACAUGCUACAAGAUCAAAAAAUCGGGCACUACAUGCACAUCCCGCCUCGAACGGUCUUUUUCUCUCAGGUUUUCGGAACUGUCCUCGGCAUCCCGGUCAACUACGGCGUGAUUCGCUGGGUCUUGAACACGAAGGGCGACAUUCUCAAGGGGAUUGAGAAGGAUCCGCUGAACCAGUGGACUGGUCAAUCAAUCAUCGGUUCGAAUACUCUCGGGGUGCAGUAUGCCGUCAUCGGGCCCCAGAAGAUGUUCGAAAACCCCGAGCUGAGGGCUCUUCCUUACUCAUUCCUCGUGGGAGCCGUGGUCCCUCCCAUCCUGUACAUUCUGCACCGCUUCUUACCCAAACUGCGGGUUGACCUGUGGAAUGUCACCAUCUUCUUCUCCGGUCUCUCAGUCUUCUAUGGCAACAUCAGUACAGGGUAUACCUCAGCCAUCAUCGGAGGAUAUGUGGUCAUGUACUGGUAUUACCGACGCCGGUUCGAAACAUGGAAACGAUACAGCUAUAUGGUUGCGGCCGCCUUCGAUGCUGGCUUCAAUCUGAAUAUGCUGUUGAUCUUCUUGUUCUUCGGGUCCGGGAAGAAAAUCAAGAUGCCCAACUGGUGGGGUAAUAAUGCAGACUCCGUUGAGCGGUGCUUCGCCUUGUGAAAUGAUUCCAGUGAUUCUGCAUAAUUCGGCGUAGGGCACGGUGUUCC